AUGGUAACGCUGCUAUUUUGUUGGACCAGAUUUUUUUUGCGUGGCCAUUUUCUCAAUGAAAACCGAAUAGUUUGUGACGUUCCGGCGGAUGAAAAUAUUGAUAGAAUUUAGUCGUUUUCGGAAUUAAAUUUAAAGUUUUUUAUUCAUUGACAUAUUGAAUUUGUACAAUAAUUUUCUAUUUACUUUAAUAUUCCGUUGGAAACGUAUUUAAAUACUGGUAUAUAUUUUAAAGUAUAAAAUUCCAACAGUGGUAAAAACGUGAUUUUAUGCGUCCAAAUAGGAGAAAGCAACAAAAGGCGAAAAAGUUAAAGUAAGUGCAAAGCGAAUUGAAGAAUUGAAAGAAACGUGUAGAGCCGUCGACGGUGUCGGUUUUGUGGUAUUUGUGCGCGUGGAAUAAGUCGUUGACCACGUAAAAUAUUUUAGGGUAACAAUAUUUAAAUCAAAGUUUUGAGUAGAGCAACAAAAAUAAAAAAAAACGUAACACUAAAUUAAGAAAAAAAAAAAUGGCUCAAGAUAACGCCGAUAUAUCUACAAAAUUUUCAACACUAAAUGUAAAUGCUGUUGAGUUUGUGCCAAGUUUUGGUUACAGCAGUGCUGCAGCCAGCGCACUAAAUGCCUCAAACACCGUCGCCGCUUCAGCUCCUCUCAAUUCCAUACAAAUGGAUACAGGAACAACAGUGGAAUCUGGUUCUGCCAGCGCUACACCGGCUACCACACCAGAUUCAACUGGAUCUGGAGGCUCCACAAAUGCAUUGAAUGCUGCCACGACAAAAACAAUGCAACCAGCCGAUUCACCCAUGCAAACAUCACCCGUGACAACACCUUCAAUUUCUGCGCCCAUAGAAAAUAUCAACAUUGCUGAUAAGGUUGCAGUUAGUAACGAAAAUGAUCCUGCUGACAGUUGGGACACCGAAGAUGAUCCUGUUAUAACACCUGAAGAGGAGGAAGUCGAUGAAGUGGAGGAUGCCGAAAACGAAGUUACACAAAAAGUUUCGAAAAAGAAAGCACCGAAAGUUGAAGAAUCUAAAAGCAAAAAAGAGCAUGUAAACGUAGUAUUUAUUGGUCAUGUUGAUGCGGGCAAAUCAACAAUUGGUGGCCAAAUAAUGUCUCUCACUGGUAUGGUCGAUAAGCGAACACUAGAAAAAUAUGAACGUGAAGCUCGUGAAAAAUCACGUGAAAGUUGGUAUCUCUCAUGGGCUCUAGACACAAAUCAGGAGGAACGUGACAAAGGCAAAACAGUAGAAGUAGGGCGCGCCUUUUUCGAGACAGAACGUAAACAUUUCACUAUACUCGAUGCACCAGGACACAAAAGUUUUGUACCAAACAUGAUUGGUGGUGCUGCACAAGCAGAUUUGGCUGUUUUAGUUAUAUCGGCGCGUAAAGGGGAAUUUGAAACGGGCUUUGAUCGUGGUGGGCAGACACGUGAACAUGCUAUGUUAGCAAAAACUGCGGGCGUUAAACAUCUUGUAGUGCUAGUCAAUAAAAUGGAUGAUCCUACUGUAAAUUGGGAUGAAGCUCGAUACAACGAAUGCAAAGACAAGAUAUUACCUUACCUCAAAAAAUUAGGUUUCAAUCCCGCCAAGGAUUUAACCUUUAUGCCAUGCUCAGGAUUAAGUGGUAUCGGUAUACGAGAUCAAAUACCAGAAUCAAUAUGCCCGUGGUACAGAGGACUAGCAUUCAUUCCAUUUAUUGAUCAGUUGCCUUCACUCAAUCGUAAACUCGAUGGUCCAUUUAUAAUGCCUAUUGUUGAUAAAUAUAAGGAUAUGGGCACAGUGGUAAUGGGUAAAGUUGAGUCAGGGUGUGCACGUAAGGGACAGAAUUUACUUGUAAUGCCAAAUAGAACUCAAGUUUCUGUAGAUCAAUUAUGGUCAGAUGAUGAUGAGGUCACUUCUGUUAGUCCUGGUGAAAAUGUUAAAAUUAAGUUAAAGGGAAUUGAAGAGGAAGACGUUUCACCAGGUUUCGUGUUAUGUGAUGCAUCGAAUCCGAUCAAAACUGGAAAGAUAUUUGACGCUCAGGUUGUCAUAUUAGAACACAAAUCAAUCAUUUGCGCUGGUUAUUCGGCGGUAAUGCACAUACAUUGCGCAGCUGAGGAAAUAACGGUUAAAGCGUUGAUUUGUUUGGUAGAUAAAAAAACAGGGGAAAAAUCAAAAACACGUCCAAGAUUUGUUAAACAAGACCAAGUUGCGAUUAUGCGUAUAGAAUGUUCCGGAAUGAUUUGCCUUGAACAAUUUAAAUUAUUUCCACAAAUGGGAAGGUUCACACUUCGUGAUGAAAAUAAAACCAUUGCUAUUGGAAAAGUUUUAAAGGUUAUCGAAUAAAGUGUAAACGGCCUUUAUGAAUCAAUCGUUAACGUCGAACGCUAACUUU